UAAAAAACACUUUUGAUAAAUUUCCUGAUUAUUUAACCUCAAAAUUUCAUUCACUUUUACGCUUAACACCAAAAAGUGAGACUAAUUUUAAAAUUUAUUUUUCAUUUAUAAAACCCAUGGAUUGUAUGGAAAAGUUUGCGACAAAUGUCUUCUUCCAAUCACAUCACGUCUCGCGACUAAAACGGGGAGAAAUCCUCGGAAGCGGUCGUCGAUUCAGGGGAUGUACCGUUUGGUUCACCGGUCUGUCGGGCGCCGGGAAGACGUCGAUAGCGUUCGGUAUCGAAGACUUUUUGUGCCGAAACAAGAUCUUCACGUAUGCCUUAGACGGCGAUAAUAUACGUUACGGUCUGAACAAGGAUUUGGCCUUCAGUUCGGAGGACAGGACUGAGAAUAUUCGCCGCAUCGGAGAAGUGGCCCGACUUUUCGCCGACGCGGGCGCUAUAGCUCUGACCAGUUUUAUCAGUCCGUUCGCCGCCGACCGCAACAGUGCCCGCAAAAUACACGAAGACGCAGACCUGCCCUUCUUUGAGGUGUUUGUCGACACACCUCUCGAAGUGUGCGAACAGAGAGACGUGAAGGGCUUGUAUGCGAAGGCGAGGGCCGGAAAGAUAAAGCAGUUCACGGGAAUCGAUAGUAAAUAUGAAUUCCCAGAGAAACCGGAUUUAGUUUUAAAGGCCGGCGAAGACUCCAUCACUGAUUGCGUUAAUAAAGUUAUUGAUCUUCUCGUCAAGAAUAAAAUAAUCUCAGAGGAGAUAAUACGGGAGAUUCACGAACUCUUCAUUCCUGAAGCAGAGAAAAGUCACUAUCGAUUGAUCGCUUCAUCGCUUCCAUCCAUUGAAAUCGAGACAAUCGACUUGCAAUGGGUUCAGGUGUUGUCCGAGGGUUGGGCCACACCAUUGAAGGGUUUCAUGAGAGAGACUCAAUACCUUCAAUGUCUUCAUUUCGGAGCCAUAAUCGACGAGACUCUUCACAAUCAGACCAUUCCUAUAGUGUUAGCGAUUGACGACCAAAACAAAGAGCGCAUCGAAAAGUCAAAGAAUAUUUGUUUGCUUUACAAAAACAAUUUGAUCGCAAUCUUAGAGGACAUCGAAAUCUUCGCGCACCGGAAGGAGGAGAGGGCGGCCGCGGUGUUCAAGACGACCAACAGAGGCCAUCCGUCCAUUAAGAUGAUCUACGAUAGCGGCGAUUGGUUAGUGGGAGGAGAUCUCAAAGUGUUC